CAAUGACUUGGAUCUAACUGCCUAAAUGGGAAGAGGGGUAUUUCUGCGACAUCAAAGAAGACUUUACAGUCCUGCUGCGCUUGCUAUCUCUUUUUUAUGCAUCCAUGCACAAUCCGACUUCCUCUUUCGGUAACCAGUGAUUAUUUUUGACAACCCAGGAUACUCGGAAAGCUGCAAGACAGAUGGCCGAAAAAUGAAACAACCCUGGAGUGUGGCUACCUCUUAUUUUUGUGUCGCUUGGUACCAGAUGGACAGUGAGUGAAUGGCGCAGGGGUGUUGGACGAACAGUUUAGAAUGCGAAUUUUCUUCCCACGAAGCUACAUUUCAGACUUCAUUGCCCUUUUCCUUUCGUCUGCAGUACCUGCUCCCUUCCUCUCCUCUGCCCUCUGCACUAACAAUUAACUUUUCAAGAAGGUAGCCAAAAAAAAAAAAAAAAAAAAGAAGAGUAUCGAUAGAGCAAUCACCCUCAUCCUAGAGCCCCAGGCGUCGCUGCGCCCCGGGAGCUGCGGCUGAGCCCCGCAGAGUCUAGGACGGAUUUGGGGGGGUGAUCGGGCGCGGGCGGCUAUGGAGUGGACGUUGCCGUCCGCCUGCCGAGGCUAGAGAGCCGGGAGGGAGCCGCGGACCCCCACCCCAACCCCCCACCUCUGCAGCCGGGGAGGCCUGUCCGCCACUGCCUUUUCGCACCGUUGUCAUCGUUCUGGAAAAGUCAUGGAAGACGGUCCGCUGCCAGACCUCAGAGAUAUCGAACUCAAACUGGGGCGCAAAGUCCCCGAGAGCCUAGUGCGUUCGCUCCGCGGGGAGGAGGUAGCCCCCCUGGAAAAGGACAGGGACCCCAGUGUGGGGAGCGGCGGCGGCGGCGGCGGCGGCGUCUGCAGUAGCAGUAGCAGCUGCUGCAGUUUCCCUCCCUCCGUGUCAUCCUCGUCUUCGUCCUCUCCAACCUCCAGCUCCCCGCGACAGAGCCGCUCCAGCGCCCUGGAGAGGCUGGAAACCAAGCUUCAUCUCCUGCGGCGAGAGAUGGUUAAUCUCAGAGCCACAGAUGCUAGGCUCAUGCGUCAGUUGCUAGUUAUCAAUGAGAGCAUUGAGUCCAUCAAGUGGAUGAUUGAAGAAAAAGCCACCAUCACCAGCCGAGGCAGCAGUCUCAGUGGCAGCCUGUGCAGUUUAUUGGAGAGUCAGAGCACCUCUUUACACGGCAGCUACAACAGCCUACAUGACGGCAGUGAUGGGCUGGAUGGGAUCUCUGUGGGAAGCUAUCUGGACACUUUGGCAGAUGAUGUUCCAGGCCAUCAGACUCCAUCAGACUUGGACCAGUUCAGUGACAGCUCCGUAAUAGAGGACUCACAGGCACUGCACAAACAUCCCAAAUUGAAUUCUGAAUACUACUGCUUUGGCUAGUCACCCAUUUUAUUUGCAUGGGAUUGGUGUGCAAUUAACUUGUAUUUAUCCUUCUUCUCUGCUGCUAUAUUUUUUGGUGUGAUUUCUUUCUUUUAUAUGACCUUUUAAAAAGAAGCUUAUUUUGAAAUUGCUCAAUGGUAUUUCUGUUGCUACUAUAUUUCUCAUCUGGUCUGAUGGUUCUUUCUCUCUUAUAUCUCUAUUUAUUACAACGAUUGUUCUCCCUUCAUUUUUAGUGGCACAAAUAAAGUAGGGAGAAAAGAAUAAGCAAUAAUUAUAUUUUGUUUUCAGGGCAAGGGGGCCAGGGAUUACCAAAAAAAAAUCUUUGUUAAAUUUUACAAUAAACCAAAGUCUGAUAACA